GCUUCAUAAAACUCGGAGAUCUAUAAAUCGGAGUGGAGACGAAACACGGUUAUAAUGGUAUUGAGCUGACUACAAGUUCCAUCACAAACUAGAACAAGUAUGGAAAAUAACAGUUCUUAAACCAAGGAUAUAAACAACAACAACAGUUUACUGUAGUCUGAGGAUCUUAUAUUACUUCUUGUGUUCAGCUUUUACGUGAUUUUCCCACUGCCAGCGUUAUAUUUUACUCGUGCCGUCGACAAGCGGAUUACCAGCCCUUUAACGGUGUUGAUAUUAUACAUUAGUGUUUUGUUCAGUUAACUUUCCGUCGCAGAUGCCUUGCGUAGAGUGUAUGCUUAAAAUGUCGGGAAAUUUUGUGAGUCCAGACGGCCUGGUAGGUCUCUUCGGGUCGAGCGAGUCUCCCCUUCUCCUUGACUGUCGCUCUCAAGCCGAUUUCACGAGAUCUCACAUCAAAGGCGCCAUAAACAUAACGCUACCGAGCCUUAUGCUACGGCGAUUAAAGAAAGGAAAUCUUAAACUUUCGUGUGUCAUUCAAAAUAACGAAGCAAAGGACAAAUUUAAUAAGCUUUGGAAAUCCCGCAAUGUCGUGUUGUACGACGAAUGUUCAACCGACCCCAACUCAAACCCCUCCAGUAUUAUCGAACUCUUGUUGAAAAAGUUGAAUCAGGAUGGAGCUAAAACGAGCAUUCUAACCGGUGGUUUUCCGUCUUUUGAGAACAUACACAGAGACCAUUGUGUCGGACAAGAAAAUGUGGAAGAGACUAUUUUUGGAUUGUGCAAUUUAAAAAUUUCUGACGAUUCUGGGAACGGUACGUCAGAUUCUGACUGUGAUAAUGUGAACUCUCCCACGGCUAUGUCCCCGUUCCCAGUGGAAGUGCUGAAGUACCUUUAUCUCGGCAACGCCCGAACCUCGGCAGAUAUUGGCCAGCUGAAAAAACACGGGAUCAGAUACAUUCUCAACGUUACCCCAAAUGUCCCUAACAAAUUUGAAGAAGACAACGACUUUAAAUAUAUGCAGAUUCCUGUAGCUGAUCAACUGUCCCAGAACUUAUCCGCCUUCUUUCCUGAAGCCAUAGCAUUCAUUGAUGAGGCUCGUGAACAGAAGCACGGCGUAUUGGUGCACUGUUUAGCAGGGAUCAGCCGAUCAGUAACCGUGACGGUUGCCUAUCUGAUGCAGAAACAAAAGAUGAGCCUAAACGAAGCAUACGACCACGUCAAAGGAUGUAAACCAAACAUUUCCCCGAACUUCAACUUUAUGGGACAAUUGCUUGACUUUGAGAAAGCCCUUACAGGUGUUGACCGCACUUCGGGUUUCACGUCAUGUUCAGACUCUACAAACACAAAACUAGUGGCGGAGACGUGAUCAGCACUCGUAUCACAAAUCGAACCCACCUAGUAUCUCAGGGUGCCUGUCGGGUGCUAGCACCUCGCCCUACGUAGUUCCCGCCCCCAGAAGUUGAUCCUUUGCCUCGUUGGGAGAAUGACACAAACAUAAUACUGAUAUUAACUAGAAACGACCCGACGUGUCGAGGCGACUCGAAAAAGCGGACUCUUCAAGAGACAGAUAACAAUGUGCCAAUUAUACUGGGUUCUACCAGUAACUUCGAGGUUACAAAUCAAAUGCGCCAACUGUUUCCGAAAACAGAAUCGAGGCAAAUCGGAAACUGGCAUUGAUAAGUGCCUUUUUGUCUUUCAUGGAUGCUUUCUCUACAAUGUAAUUUAGCAUUUGUAUCUCGGUAUACGGAGAAUAAAUGUAGAAAAUACGGCAGCUAACAGUUUAGCUUUCAAAGCACACUGACCAAACCGCGUGACGUUACACAACAUAGAACGCUUGACCAAUAGAUGACGGGUAUGAAACUCCAUACACACAUCAAUCCACCGCCAUUUAUAUUGUUAUUCAUAGAAUGAACGACGUCUGUAGAUGUCUGGAUUUGUUAGAGAGCUAUUUCAUUCUCCAUUAUUCAUCCUUCAUUAUUCAUUGAACAUUUUUAUUAAAUGAAGAUAUAUUUUUCUCAUAACUCAUCUCCAUCUCGUACCAUAGUCGUACUAUAUAUAUUUUUCAUUGUUACAAAAUAUUAAAAGAAUGUUAUCAUGUUUUGUCAUUGUUUCGUUGUGUACUUGAUAAUGUUUACAACAGAAGACAAAUAAAAGUCUCGUUUUAUAGUGCUAA